AUGGGUGCAUUUGAUCCCACGAAUGAAAGUGACUAUCCACCAAUGACGUUAUUUUACUGGAGACUGGCCGGAAUCAACUAUCUGAAAUUUUCUGAGAUCGCCGCUCGAGCUGUUCGUAGCUGUCUCAAGGCCUCUACUAGAAGUGAAGUGCGACAUGCUAUCGGAUCGAAAGUGAAGAUUACUCCCUGGAAAGAUGGUAAAGCGAUUAAGGCGGACUCCGUUAAAUGA